GGGAUACUCCAGAGCUAGAUGCAAGCGUGGAAUUGUUACAUGCAUCCUUCUUGCUGACACAGGCGCGCUUCUUCUGUUAGCUCCCUGACCAAUAAAAGAAUAUUUGGAAGCAAAGAUGUGCAACCUAAAGCUGUCAGUUUUCUUCAUUGCACUUUCUGUCACUCUGAGCUGUUUGAAAGCUACACCUAUUGAGAAAUUAUUGUCUAAGGCUGAUGAUCUCCCUGAUGGUGCUUCCAAGAGACAAGGGUGGAUAUUGCCAGUAAUGCCACAGAAUACACUCUCAGGAUUUGGUGAGGAAAUAUCAGAACAACCAGCAGCAAAGACAAAAAGAAGUCAUCAGCUGGAGAAACGGAAAUGCAACACUGCUACGUGUGUGACACAACGCUUGGCUGACUUUUUGGUUCGUUCCAGCAACAGCAUUGGAGCAAUUUAUCCACCCACAAAUGUAGGGUCCAAUACAUAUGGAAAGAGGGACACAGCUGGGCUUUUAAGCAGAGAACCCCAAAACAAUGCAUAG